AAAUGGUGUUCUAGUUUCCACUUUCGGUUAGAUGGGAACGCUUAGUAGCAUCAGUUUUAGCGCCUUCGAUUUUAAUUUGGGUGUGAAAUACCCAGAAAUUCCAACAAGAUUCCAAUCGAGCAAGAAAACCAAGAGUUCAUGCUUGUUGUGCGGAGAAAGCAUUAAGAGAGAACGCGUUGUUGGGCUGAAGAGGCUGAGAUGGAGAUGUUAUAGUACUUCUUCCAACGACGAUGACGGAGAGACUAGUAGUAGUACCACCAACAAGUCUAAAGAAGACGCCGAAGACCAUGCUUCGCUCUCUUCCACGCCACCACCUAUAUCACCACUUGGAUCCGCUUACAAUAAUUUCCAAGUUGACUCAUUUAAACUGAUGGAACUCCUUGGACCUGAGAAGGUUGAUCCUGCUGAUGUAAAGCUCAUUAAGGAAAAGCUUUUUGGCUAUUCUACUUUUUGGGUAACUAAAGAGGAGCCAUUUGGAGACCUGGGGGAGGGCAUUCUUUUCCUUGGUAAUUUGAGGGGAAAGAGAGAAGAGGUAUUUGCCAAAUUCCAGACUCUGCUAGUUGAGGUUACAGGUAAUAAGUACAACCUUUUUAUGGUGGAGGAACCCAAUUCCGAAGAUCUAGAUCCACGUGGUGGCCCUCGUGUUAGCUUUGGUCUGCUCCGGAAAGAGGUCUCAGAACCAGGGGCAACAACACUUUGGCAAUAUGUAAUCGCGCUCUUGUUAUUUCUUCUAACAAUUGGAUCAUCUGUUGAGUUAGGAAUUGCAUCUCAGAUAAACAGACUUCCUCCAGACGUUGUGAAGUAUUUUACAGAUCCAAAUGCUAUUGAUCCACCAGAUAUGGAGCUGCUAUUCCCGUUUGUGGAGUCAGCUCUCCCCCUAGCGUAUGGUGUUCUUGGGGUUUUGCUAUUUCAUGAAGUUGGGCAUCUUCUGGCUGCUUUUCCAAAGAAAGUAAAACUUAGCAUUCCUUACUUCAUUCCAAAUAUUACACUUGGCAGCUUUGGCGCUAUCACUCAGUUUAAAUCCAUUCUUCCCGAUCGGAGCACAAAAGUCGACAUUUCACUUGCAGGCCCAUUUGCUGGUUUUGCACUGUCAUUGUCAAUGUUUGCUGUAGGUCUGCUGCUCUCAUCUAAUCCCAAUGCCACAGAAGAGCUGGUGCAGGUUCCAAGCAUGCUGUUUCAAGGUUCUUUGCUUCUAGGACUCAUCAGUAGAGCUACUCUUGGUUAUGCAUCAAUGCAUGCUACGACAGUUGCAAUUCAUCCUCUUAUGAUUGCUGGCUGGUGUGGGUUGACGACUACAGCUUUUAAUAUGCUUCCGGUGGGCUGUCUUGAUGGUGGAAGGGCUGUGCAGGGUACUUUUGGAAAAAAUGCACUGAUUGUGUUUGGUUUGACAACUUACACGUUGCUUGGAUUGGGAGUGCUCGGUGGACCUUUAUCACUUCCAUGGGGACUCUAUGUGCUCAUAUGCCAGAGGACUCCGGAGAAGCCUUGCCUAAAUGAUGUAACGGAUGUUGGAACAUGGAGAAAAACAAUUGUUACAGUGGCUAUUUUUCUCGUGGUGCUGACACUACUUCCAGUUUGGGAUGAGCUUGCAGAGGAGCUAGGUAUAGGUCUUGUUAGCACAUUUUGAUGUAUUAUACUUGAAACUUGAAAGAAGUCAAAUUUUACCUGUUUCAUAGUGUUAAACAUGGGGCAAAACAAUUGUUACAGUGGCUAUUUUCCGUGUAGUGCUGACACUCCUUCCAGUAUGGGAUGAGCUAGCAGAGUAGAUAGGUAUAGGUCUUGUCAGCAUAUUUUGAUUUAUUAUACUCGAAACAUUUUUU